AUGGCUGCAUUGCAGCCUGGCGAAGAGGUGUUAUUUAACUACAUCAAGACAGCCGUAUCACUUAAAUGCUGUGUGAAUUUAUUUCUACACAAUGCCAGUAUUGUAACAGUCCAGUUAUGUUUGAAGAACGUAUUAAGCCAAGUAGAGGAAACCCAGCGCUUGCUGGCAGAGCCAGUCCCUGGGAUAAAAGCGGAGCCAGAUGAAAGCAACGCACGUUAUUUUCACGUGGUCAUUGCAGGUCCACAGGAUUCCCCCUUUGAGGGUGGGACAUUUAAACUUGAACUAUUCCUUCCAGAAGAAUAUCCAAUGGCAGCUCCUAAAGUACGUUUCAUGACCAAAAUUUAUCAUCCUAAUGUAGACAAGCUGGGAAGAAUAUGUUUAGAUAUUUUGAAAGAUAAAUGGUCCCCAGCUUUGCAGAUUCGUACAGUUCUGCUAUCAAUCCAGGCUUUGUUAAGCGCUCCCAAUCCAGAUGAUCCACUAGCAAAUGAUGUAGCUGAGCAAUGGAAGACCAAUGAAGCCCAAGCCAUAGAAACAGCCAGAGCAUGGACUAGGCUAUAUGCCAUGAAUAAUAUUUAAAUGCGCUUUGAACAUCAAGUGUGCAUCACUUCUCCUGUUCUGCCAAGACCUCUUCCUUUUUUUGUUUGCAUUUAAUGGACACAGUCUUAGAAACAUUACAGAAUAAAAGCCCAGACAUCUUCAGUCCUUUGGUGAUUAAAUGCACAUUAGCAAAUCUGUGUCUUGUCCUAAAUCACUAUUGUACCGCAUGAGCAGAGGCUAGAAGUAUCAUCUGGAUUGUUGUGAAAUUGUUUAAAAGCAGCAUCACAUCUCUGCUUUUAAUCAUUUUUCCCAUCAUGGUUUAAGUAUAAGCACUGUGAAUGAAGGUAGGCAGGGUUAGCUGUGGGGCUUUUUGUUUUAAUUUUGUGGGCUCCUCCUCCCUUUUUAUGGUGAUGCUAAUUGCAUUGGUAAAAGCAGCUAACCAGUUAUACUUUAGAAUAUACCCUCUAGCCCAGUCUAACUUAGACGCUGUAGGUGGACAAGCUUCAUUGUUUGAACAAAAAAUGGGAACAUUAAACAUCCAUCACCUUCACUAAUAAUAUUGUGAUUCUGCUGUCAAGUGUAGAAAAAUCCCUCCAAGAAAAAGCUUGUGACCAUUUUGUAUGGCUUGUCUGGAAAAUCUCCUGUAAAUCUUAUGUUUUAGUAAAAUAUUUUUUGUUAUUCUACUUUGCCUUUGUACAGUUUAUUUUGCUGUGUUUUCAUUUCUCUAAUGUGACAAUCGUAUUUAAAAAAACUGAAACCAGAAUUGACAGUUUGUCUUCACCAGUCUGACAGAUUAAACAGUAAAGAGGUGGAAUUCACAAGAUUUUUUUGCUUCUGUUUGCUGACUUUUUUUUUUUUAUUAGCUUGUGAUAUUAUGUGGGUGACCUUACCAGGCCAAUUUAAUAUGAAAUUGCAUUUGGAGUGACUUUGAGAAACAAGUCUGUGAUGUAACCAUUGUAACCAUCAUUUUAGUAAUGCCUUGAUAAUGCGUUUUCAUGGAAAUAACCGUAAUCAAGUAGGAGGUUGAGAGUAAAUGACAGUACUGAUUAUGAGUAUCUGCAUAACUUCUCCUUGCUGAUUGCCCUCAGGUGUUAGGCUACACAGUUUCCUACCUUCUUUAAUUCCUGCCCUCUAUUAACACAAAAUACCGGUGCGCAGAACCACUGUUGCAGCCAGUUGUGCAUCAACUGGAGUUUGCUCAGCCACUUUCAGCUACUGCCUCCUACCAGUGGUAUUUUCUACAAGCCUUAUUAAGCUACUUGCUUGAGCAACUGGUCUGCUUAAAUAGCAACAGAGUUUCUUUAUUGGAGGGAGGGAAAGUGAGUAAAAACUUCCUUCUCAUCCUUGUUUUUUGUGUAUGCAUCUUGUCUGGGAGUUCAGCAUCUCUUCUGGGAACCUGUCUUACUGCUUUCCUUAAUUUCUUGUAUCCCUAUUCUCUUCCUUUCCCCAAGCCCUCUCCCUCACAAAAAAAAAAAAAAAGCAGCUUAACAGCUUUUGGUGAGGCCACCCUGAAGUGUAUAAAUGACGGCGUGCAGUGGUUGCGGUGGGGCGUGUCUUGUCGUGCGAUUCCAGGGCUGUGGUUAUGUAGUCUGUUGGUGUUCUCCCUCUUUCACCUCUUCUUACCCUAGUGUCAUCUGAAAUUUCUCUAGAACGUGGUGUAUUUAUUGUGCUCUUAUGUAAGAUGAAGAAUAUCUAUUAAAACUAUGUUUUCCAACAGACAGUGCUUUCAGUGGUUAGUAACCGGUGGUGUCCCUCAAAGUACGCUUUGUAACCUGGUUGAAGCUUGGUUUGGAAUCCAGCUUUUCCACCAGACUCAGCUACGAAAAAAACAAAACCAAACCUGUUUCAAAAGUAGUUUCUGUGUUGAGUGUAAGCCCAGGCUGCGUUGUUCAGGGCUUGCAAGGAAUUGUUUGUUCUUCAGAGUGGGUGAGCACCGUUAACCCUGCCCUCUCCUCACACGUGAGCCUGGGUUUGGGUCUGGCUGGCGCUCAUCUCCUUUGUGCUGCUGAUGUCGGCAACUUUUGGGCAGCCGAGAACAGGUGAGCUGUGUGGGAGAGCCCGGAUUCACUUCACCCACCUCUUAAAGCUUUACCUUAUGCUGGGUCUGCAGUGUUCCUCAGCUCUGUCCCGAGGACGAGUGGCACCCCCAGGGAACAGGGGCCCACUGAAGCACCCCCUGUGGAAGGUGGCUUUCCCUUCCUUCCUGAGAGACACGGGGGUCUGAACUGGCACUUAACGCAAUUAAACUUCAAACUGGGUGGGAUGAAUCCAGACCCCGGGUGAUUUAGCAGAUGCCUGGUGUUUGUGUGUUCAGGGCUUAAAACUGCUGGAGUUGGCAGCUAACUGGGGGAUGUGGUUAAGUUCUCGGUGGAACAUUGUUAAUGCAUCGGUAGGCAAAAAAUCCUCUGCCUCCGUUUGCUAGCGGCCGAGUAAGGUGGCUUGUAGAACCGUUCGAGUAUGCAGUAGCCAGGGUGUGACUGGGUUAUUUUUUUUUAACUAUCAUCUCAGCCAAAUUGAGAUUUUAUUAAAGACAUCCAGGCUGUGGAUGUACAAGUCCAUAGUGAUGGUACAUCUGAAAUGAAUGGUGUGAAAGUAAACUACCGUGUUUUAAACGCUUUAGAGUAGUUUCAAAUGAUAGUUGUAGUGAAGGAAACUUUAUCUGGGCUUCCUGAAAACUAAAAUUUGUUUGCCGUGGGGUCUAUUCAGGCAUGUUUUAAUCCUUUUAAAGUUGAUGAUGUGUAUUAAAUAGUGAGUAUUUAAAUUUUAAAGCUGAUUUAAGGGCCCUGUAUAAAGCCAAGCAGGGAAUUUCAUUCUGUCUUAUGCUGAGGAAUGCGUGAAACUUUUAGGCUGAAUUCUCUGAAGCCGGCUAGAUACAACUUGCUCCCCAGUUAAGCGGGUGCGUAUUCACAGCCAGUACCUGAGGCUCCCAGUGACUUCUGCUUCAUCUGCCACUACAGCUGGUUGGCAAGCGCAGCUCUCCUGUAGGCAGCCUUAGUUUUGCUUCCAUUUUUCUUGGAUGCCUGUGGGAUAAAUUUUCGGUAAAUCUCAAAUAAUCGUGUUUCCUCCUAGCAUUACUGGUGCUGUGCCUCAAAC